AUGUCAUUGACACUCGAGUAUCUGAACCUUUCGCACAACAAGUUUGACGACCAGGCCAACGCCGCCUUUGCCAGCUGGCUGAUCCGCUCGCAUGGCUACUCUAAGCUCAAGCAUCUUCUGUUGCACUCGUGUGGCAUCUCGGCAUUCAGCUUCUACUCGCUGCGACAUCUGGCGCGUCUCGAGCACCUUGACGUGAGCAACAACAAGCUGGAGGUGGGCUCCGAGCUGGACAAGCUGCUGCCCGUACUCUCCACACAGACACUCUACAAGCUCGAUUGUAACCAUUGCAACGUCAACAAGGAGGUGCUGGCACUCAUUCUCUGCAAGAUGUCGGACAAGAAGGCAUCGGUACAACUCGGUCUGAUGGGCCUGAACCUGGCCAACGCCGAUGAGAACUACGACAUGUUCUUCAGCUCGCUACUCCUGUUCAAGGACAGCGAGAUCUCAAUUAAGUCACUCAACCUGCGACAUGUACGCGGCACUGAGAAGACCAUCCUCACGCUUCUCCAAGUGCUGUCCGAGAUCAAGGUGAAUGAGCUGAUACUCGAGGACAUGGAAGUGAUAUAUCCACAGCAAACACAGCAGCAGCAGCAGGCCCAGCAACAGCAGAUCUCAAGCAUACCUCACAGCACAUCAUCAUCAUCGGACGACCAUCCACAUCAAGACCAUCCAUUCGCUAGCAACACUCUCAAUCUAAACAAUGUGCACAACUCAAGCACGGGCAAGCUGGAGCUUGGUGUCAGUCUGGACUUCAAUACCGUGCUUGUCGAGAUGGAGGACGAGGCAACAUCUGGCACCGAUGACAUGGCCGCAACAUCAGUGCAUCUCACUGGCUCACCUACCAAGUCCCCAACACAAUCUCACAAGGAUAGCGAGUUGUCCACAUCCACAUCAUCAACAUCAAUCUCCAACAGCAGUGACGCUGGUAGCGACCUCAAUCAAUCAUUCAGCAGUCUGUUGGCCAAGUCUUUGCAAAAGAUUUAUAUGAAUCCAGAGCUCAAGACAUUGAACUUGGCCAACCUUGGCAAGGCGACUGUGAUGAAGAUGUUGCCUUAUAUAUCAAAGAACUCAUCGGUAGCCUCGCUCGACAUUUCAAAGAAUGCUCUGGGCGACAUUGGUGCGCAACUGCUUGCCAACAGCUUGGCAUCCAACAGGUCGAUAUUGGCAAUCAACUUUGAUUCAAACAAUAUGACCAACAUUGGCUGGAACCAGAUGUUGAUAUCUCUUACACAGCAACAGACUGGCACCACUGGUAGCCGACCACUCCUCAAGGACUCGCCUUCACAGCCACCCAUGCCACUGACCUCGCCACACCCGCAUCUCCACUCUAUGAUAUACCCCCGCAUCGACUUUGAGAAGCUGAUCGUUGCCACCAACGACCCGACGCGCAGAAUGAACAUAUACCUGUUGAUAUCCAAGCUUCAGAUGGCAUUGAUCACCAACGGCAACCUGCACUACAGCGAUCGCAAGCAUCUGUCCAACAAGUUCCCGAUCGGCUUUUCGAGUAAGACAAAGGAGCCUUUCUUCCUGCCGACGCCCAACGUACUGUAUCCGCGCACACCCGUGCCCGCUGAAGUGCUGGCACAGAUGAAGAUCAAGGUGGAGCAGCAACGAGGUGUCAACAAUGGAAGCAGUGCCAUUGCCACUAUCACACAGUUCCUCAAGACAUCGGGACUGAGGCCCGUCAACAAGAGUGUACCAGCGGCAUCCAACGCCAACACAGUAGUCAUUGGCAUGCCACAACAGACGAUGGCCACCACGACCAAUAUCAUUCAUACCAAUCCCAUCAAGGAGGCAUCCUUCGCGGUCUCCAAGAAGCCCGCUACAGUACCGUCGCCAUCAUCACCAUCAUCUCCAUCAACAGACGAGGCGGACAAUGUUAGCGUCAGCACAACAUCAAGCCCCGCCAAGCCUAGCAUAGCGGCAGGUGUUGACUCACCAGUCUCGCCGCCAGACCAACGAUCUGGACGUAGACGUGGUGGUUUCUACCAACCUGUUACAGACAAUGAUGUUCCAGCCUCAUCAACAACACAAUCAUCAUCGACGACUACGACUACAACAUCAACAACACCGACUACAUCGCAACAACAACAACCGGGAGUGGCGCCAGAGGUAGGCGAUCGCGCUUCAAUGUAUAAGCCAGUGACUCAUCAACAGGUGUUUGAUGCCAUUGAGAGCCUGGAACUGGCAACCAACUAUUACUUUAGCGGCACUGGCAGCAGUAGCAGCACGACCAACACACCGAACAAUCAAUACACGACGCCGCCAAAGUCACCGGCACACGAGCCAGCAACCGACACCACAACAACAGACACGACAGCUGCAGCUGAGGAGCAAUUCACCAGAGUGCGCAGUCAGAGCGCCAUCUCGGCACCCAAGCUCGAGAAGCUUGUCGAGCAACAACUCAAGAUGAUGCAUGUCACAACUUCCUCGCUGUCAUCGCUUGAAUAA